CCUAAAUGGACAGGGCCUGUCAGGAGACAAUAACUAUUCCCUAAUAGAAUUUGGCCUCAAGUGCAAUUUAAUUUUCUCCAAGCCUUCUGCUAAGGAUCCCUGCUCAGGCUGACUCUCAGGAUUGGCCGGGCACACUGUGGUGGACGCUGCACCAUUUCCAGAUGCUUGUGACCGUUGCUUUCCUCCUUUUUUUUCAUUUUCUUUUCUUCAUUUCAUUUUCUUUUAUUAUAAAGGAGGCUCUCUGGUUGCGUGGCGGAGGUGAUGAGAGAAGCUGCUGAUCGGGCGGCUCCCAGACCGAACGCAUUGCGCUGUCCACCCGAGACGGUGCUGAAGAGAGCUGGUCAGCGGCUGCGGCUUCUGUCGGAAAUCCCCCAGUGUGCCGGCUGCAGUCAGCACAUCCUGGACAAGUUCAUUCUGAAGGUGCUGGACCGACACUGGCACACCAAGUGCCUCAAGUGUGCCGACUGCCAAGUGCUGCUGGCCGACAAGUGCUUCUCCCGGGCAGGCAAUGUCUACUGCAAGGAGGACUUCUUCAAACGCUUUGGCACCAAGUGUGCCUCCUGUCAGCAGGGCAUCCCCCCCACACAGGUGGUCCGGAAAGCCCAGGACUUCGUCUACCACCUGCACUGCUUCGCCUGUGUCAUGUGCAGCCGCCAGCUGGCCACGGGUGACGAGUUUUAUCUCAUGGAGGACGGGCGGCUGGUGUGCAAAGAAGACUACGAGACGGCCAAACAGAACGACGAUUCGGAGGCUGGCGCCAAGAGGCCUCGGACGACAAUCACCGCCAAGCAGCUAGAGACCCUCAAGAACGCCUACAAGAACUCGCCCAAGCCAGCGCGGCACGUUCGGGAGCAGCUGUCCUCAGAAACAGGCUUGGACAUGAGGGUCGUGCAGGUUUGGUUUCAGAAUCGGCGGGCCAAAGAGAAGCGUCUGAAAAAGGACGCGGGACGUCACCGCUGGGGUCAGUUUUACAAGAACGUCAAGAGGAACCGCGGCGGGAACAAGCACGAGAAAGAGAGCUCCGCCGAGGAUGGGGGGCUGAGUGACAGCGAGCUCAGCUUCAGAGAAGACCAGAUCCUGUCUGACCUGAGCCACGCCAACAGCAUCUACGGGAACAGCGGGGACGUGGGCGCCGGCGGCCUACUGAAUGGCAGCUUUCCAAUGGACGCUUCAGGGCAGCCCUACCACGACCUGCGAGCUGGCAGCCCGUACGGGGGGUGCCCCCAGUCGCCCUCCUCCAUCGGCUCCCUCCCGGCCCACACCCCGCUUCUCAACAGCCUGGGCUUCUCCAUGGACAGCAUCAUUGCACAAGGCGGUCAGGGGGUGAGCCAGGCUCUGCGGGCCAUGGCGGGGGGCCCCACCUCUGACCUGUCGACGGGCAGCAGCACGGGCUACCCGGACUUUCCCACCAGCCCGGCCUCCUGGCUCGACGAGAUGGACCAUUCUCAGUUUUAGACUCCUACUGGUACAGACUGCCAAACGCGAGGCGCCAGGACAGUGGCACACGGCGCCAGGACGGGCUGGCACUGCGCUUCUCUUGCUGCACUAUGGCGAUGCUGCUUGACCCCAGAAUGAAGGGGGCAAGGAGGCCAGUUCAUCUGUGCCAUGGGCGCCAUCUUGUUUAUAGUCCUAAUAAAUUGACACAUGUACAGUUUCACUCAUCCAUAAUUAUUUAUUGUCGGAAUUUCUAGAUAUUUCCAAGUGAGACCCCCCAGCCUCAUUCACAAAGUCCCCACUCUGUGCUGCCCCUCUCAGUCGUCAAGGGGCAAAGCCUGCAAGGACCCACCCGACACCGGACCCCCUCACUGGAGGUCUUCCAGAAGGCAGUGGAGCCCCCCAAGUCGGCUCAUGAGAGGCAAACCCUGAACCCGCUGGGCCGAGCGUGUACCACGGUGGGUGAGGUCACCCUGUCCUUUUAGGUGAUCGCCACCCCCCCACGGCGUCCCCCCGCUCGGGCUCUUCCUCGAUGGCCUUGUAACGUGUGUCUCUAUGAUGCCUAAUGUGUGUCAGCAUGGCGCGUGUACAGUGACACUUCUAUUCCCAAUAAAAGCUGAGUUCACAGUC